GAAUUGAAUAUCAUUGAGAAAAUAGAAAGGUGUCAUUAAUGUAUUUUUUUCAGCAAACAUCAUUUCUAAAUUUCUAAGUAAUCCAAGAAUGAAUCAUCUAGUUUUUCUAAACUAUUAGUAAUCUGUUUACAAUGUUUGUUUUUUCUGGCAAUGUAGUGGGAUUAGUUACCGUUUUUUGUAAUCAUAUUACAUGUAACUGAUAACAUGUAAUCAGUUACUCCACAAACCUGCUCCUAUGUGUGUGCCUGCUUUGCUUCAUUGUGUUCUGCAGGUUUCUGGAAGUCUGCUGCAUGCGGCCAUAUUUGCUAUUUGUUAUUGACACCACUUCUAAAAUCAGAUGUUAUUGUUGAAAGUGCGCACCUGUACUUUCGCCGAUGUUAUAUCAUACUGAAAUCUCAAACCCUACACUUUAGUAGGCUCUUGCGCACAUUUCAAAACCGUAGCACUCCAACCACUGCUAGCAGCUCAGUUUUACGCACGCGCCACUGGCAAGGCUCCAGAGGUUGGAUGGAGCCCACUUCAGCCGGGGCUACCUUUACUCAGAAGAUAGCUGGAGAGGGUCCUCUGAUUUAACAAAAUCUUAAUGGUUCUGAAAUGGGUCGUUUUUGUUCAAGGAGAGGACAAUGUGCUCGAGGAUGACAUCUGAACUAAUGAUUAAUUGUCCAAUGCUGUUUCCAAAAUUAUUUUGUGCAAUUUGAGGUAGAGAUGGAUACAACUUCGAAACCGCUCAACCUCUCAACAACCAUAUAUUUUCAGGAUUAUGGAAACGAGACGAUCAUCAAUCGUUUUGAACAGCCGGAUUGGCAAGUGGCACUGUGGGCAAUUGCUUAUUCACUGAUAGUGAUUGUGUCUGUCACAGGAAAUGUCACUGUAAUUUGGAUAAUUUUGGCGCACAAAAGAAUGAGGACAGUGACUAACUAUUUUAUAGUAAAUCUUGCAUUCUCAGACGUUUCGAUGGCUACUUUUAACACUGUCUUCAAUUUUGUUUAUGCUAUACACAACGACUGGUACUUCGGGUUGGGAUACUGUAGGUUUCAGAACUUCUAUCCCAUCACAGCCAUGUUUUCAAGCAUUUACUCUAUGGCAGCUAUUGCGGUUGACAGAUACAUGGCCAUAAUUUACCCUUUGAAACCAAGGCUGUCCUCCACAUCCACCAAGAUUGUGAUUGGUCUCAUCUGGGCGGUGGCAUUCUCCCUGGCUUUCCCCCAGUGCUACUACUCUGUCACCCAGCAUUAUCCACCACGGACCAUCUGCAUGGUCAACUGGCCUGAUGACUAUGGUGGGAAACACCAUCUCACAUACCAGAUAGCUAUGAUCAUACUGAUCUACCUGCUCCCCCUGCUGGUGAUGUUGAUCACCUACAGCCUUAUUGGUCAGACACUGUGGGGCAGUGAGAUACCAGGGGAGGCCUCAGAUCACUACCAGAAUCAGAUCCAGGCCAAACGCAAGGUGGUGAAGAUGAUGAUAGUGGUGGUGAUGACCUUCGCCCUGUGCUGGCUGCCCUACCACAUCUACUUCAUCCUGGGCAGCUUCAACAAGGAAAUCUACAUGCAAACGUACAUCCAGCAGGUAUACCUGGCCAUCUUCUGGCUGGCCAUGAGCUCCACCAUAUACAACCCCAUCAUCUACUGCUGCCUCAACCAAAGAUUCCGCUCGGGGUUCCGUCAUGCUUUCAGCUGGUUACCCUUCAUAAAGGUGUCGGAGGAAGACAAGAUGGAAUUGCAGCACACACAGACCUUCAGGAUGACACGCAGCUAUCGCACUGAGAACACCAAGGGCACUGUGGUCCGCCAUAACUCCACCCAACAUGAUGACCAUACCACAGUCAAGCUCAUGAAAUGCUAAGGACACGAGAACAUGCUCAAGCUCAUGAUGACAGUUGCUAGGAGAAGUCAAGUGAAACAAAUCAUGUUAUGAUUGUGUACAGUCACUCAGUCACGCCAAAUACCUCACAGAUGACUGUUAAUCCAGGAGGAGAAUGGGUUCCAGGAGAAUGGGAAGGAGAACUCCCAUGGCAUUAGCACCAGGCCUUAUAUGUUGCUGUUUUUAGGUAGUGAUAUUAGUUGUGUUGUUUUAGCAUAUGUUGUGUGUUACCUGGCUUUGUAGACCAGAUUGUGAAACAUGCAAGUGAACCCACUUGUAAAUAUUUGCUGAAAUAUAAAGUAACUGAUAAGAGACUGAUAAAUUAACACACUUUAUUAAUAGUACACAAAUUCUAUGUGAUAUUUAAACUACACAGAUUAUUUUUCAGCUCACCUCUGAAAUAUGUUACCACUGUAGUCCUAGUUCUCCAGUAGAAUAUAUUGCAAUCUUUUCUACAGUAAUAGAACUGUUACCAAAAUCCAUACACAACGGAACUUGACUUGUAAGAGGCAACCUUUUAAUAGUUUUGUGGCAAGGGGAUUAAAAGAGUUAAAAAGAGUACCAUUCAAAAGUUGACACACCUACUCAUUCAAGGGGUUUCCUUUAUUUUGACUAUUUUCUACAUUGUAGAAUAAUAGUGAAGACAUCAAAACUAUGAAAUAACACACAUGGAAUCAUGUA